AUGACUAAUCUACAACUAUCACAAAUAACGCUAUUAAUUGAAGAAUGUAAUAUCAUAAUCGAAGAAAGAAAUAAUAUUAAAAAAUUGAAUAUCAGUCCGUCACUAAACGAUAAUAAUGACUUGAUAUCGAUAUUGAAUAAGAUAUUAAUAAAUUUAAGAACAUUUGAAAAUAAUCUAAUUAUAUCAUAUACAAAUGUUAACAGCAGUAGUAAUAACAAUAGUAAUUAUCAAAAUUUAAAUCAAUUAAAAGAAGAGUUUUAUGCAAAAGUAUUUGAUUACAAUUUAAUAAUAAAAACAUUAAUCAAACAAACUAGUGAUAAUAAUAAUAGUAAUAAUAGUAAUAAUAAUAAUUUGGAAAAUUUGGAUUCACUUAUAAAUUUAAAUGAUUACCUUUUUGAUAAAAAGGAAUUGCCAAUCGUUCAAAAUAUACUGAAAAAGAAAAGCGUUCGAUUCAAAGACAAUUUGAUUGAAGAUGAUCCAGUAACAUUUAAUCAGCCAUAUAAAGACUCACCAGCAAAGGGCAUCUAUAAGGAUAAUUACAGCAGAAACAUUGAUACCAGUACUAGUGGCACUAAUGAUAACCGUAAUAGUGGCGAUAAUGACAAUUAUAAUAACAAUGACAAUGAACUAUUCACAGACUCCUCAAGCACCGCCAGCCUAGACAGUUCAACCAGCUCUGAAGGUUUCGGCAGCAUCGCCAACCACCAACUCUUUGCACAACAGCAACAAUUGCUAACGGUUCAGGAUGACAGAUUGGACUCUUUAGCAGAGUCUGUGAGAAGACAACGAGAGCUUGGUUUGACAAUCAACGACGAAUUGGACUCGCAGUUGGUGAUCUUGAACGACGUGGAGAGCCUCAUGGACAACUCGCAACGAAGACUCAGUAAGGCACGAAACAACCUUAGACGCUUUUCCAGGAAGCUCAAGGAAAAUGGCCAGUGGGUCUUGAUCUUGAUGCUCAUUAUUGUGCUUCUUCUUCUCUUGCUCAUAUUCUGA